AUGGCUGAAGAUCAGGUCCCAACGUCAAUACCAGAGGUUGAGAGCCUCAUUCUAUCUCUAUACCAGCCAAACCCCCCUGAGAUCAUCAAACGAACACAAGCUAUUCUGUCACGACUUCAGGAUUCCCCAGAAGCUUGGGGCCUUGCUCGUGAUUUGCUUGCGAGACCCGAAGAACAGGUCAGGUUCUUUGGUGCACUCACCAUUGUCAUCAAGCUCAACAACGAGAGCUCGUCUCUUACCCCUGAGAAUGCUGCUGAGCUGCUGGAAGUGCUGAUAGGAAGAUACAUCGAUACUCUUCGCAGCGGAACCUCGCCACUAGUCGCUAGGAAGCUUGCUUCGGCUCUCGCCACCUUCUUCCUCAGCUUCCAUCAGGUUUGGGGCACCUUCUGUCAUCACCUUGUACUAUGUUUGGUCUCAGGCCAGUCAUGCCGGCCAAGCGCUCUUCAUAAUGCUCCCGAUUCAUCCUCUCUCAUUGACCGUAUGAACCCUUCGCAACUACAACCCGCUCUCUGGGUUUUGAGAAACGUGUUGGAAGAAGCUACCAAGAUCAACCUGAAUUCGCCCAAAAAUAUUGGCGUCUAUGAUGCGAUUCUCGAAAACCUGCCUGGCGCAGUGGCUCUAAUGAGUCGUGGCAUGUCACCUCAAGUUACAAACGAGGCUGCUCACGAGGAUGCAAUCCAGUGCCUACAGUCUUGGGUGUGGUUUGCUCAAAAGUCAUCAUCAAGAGACACUAGACUCUCUGAGCCCAUUGAACCGUUGAUCACUGCUGUUAUUAAUUCUCUCACAAUCGACGAGCUUUACAGUGUAUCGACAGAAUUGAUGACGGAUCUUUUGUCUAACUGCUUGCCGUUCCUGACCGAUUCACAUCUUGAGAGCCUCAGUCAGCUCUUUGACACUCCUUGGUUUCAGCGCCGUUAUCAGGAAUUGAUCCAGGGUGAUUUUGACUUUGAACCGGUUCAGUUUGGGCAACUCAUCCUCGCAUUCGGCGAAGCCAAAAUCGACAGCUUGAUGCAAAGUAACGACAGUCGAUCCCAGAGGCUGCUAUCAAAUCUGUGCGGUCUGCUUGCUGCGCAGGGCGAUCUUGUCGAAGAUAGGAUUUUUGUCCCGGCCCUUGAGUUUUGGCUAACUUAUGCCGAGACUAUGACUGACUCGAUGUACAGUGACCCGGAGUCAGUCAAUACAUGGGUUCCACAAGCACGCUCGCAUGCAUUGCAAGCUGUAUCGAACGCGUGGCAGAAAAUAGUCUACCCACCUACCAAAGACUUCCUUUCUUGGGACUCAAACGAACGGAUGAGCUUCUCCAGUGCAAGAAAAGACGUUGUAGAUCUGCUUCAAUCUGUCUAUACCUUGGUAGGGCCGGAACUUGUAGCAACAUUCGCAGACCUGGUGCUCAAAGCGUUGUCUGAGUCCGCAUGGCUACAGCUCGAGGCCGCAGCCUUUUGUCUCGGUGGGCUCGCAGAUUGCACCAGUGACGACGGUAGAUGCGAUGACGCGCUUGCCGUUGUUUUCAGGUCAUCCUUAUUCUCAAUUUUGCGAUCUGGACAGGGGGAGGUCCCUUCUAGAGUUCGACAGACUUGUGUUGCUCUAAUUGAGCGCUACACAGAAUAUUUCGAGCGAAAUAUUGCGGAGCUACACCCAGCCCUGAAUUUUAUUUUCGGGUUUGUUGGAGAGCAUGCAAUGGCAAAUGCAGCAGCAAAGUCUAUACUUAGGCUGUGUGGCUCCUGCCGAGGAGCUCUGCAUACAGAGGCCCAUGGUUUUUUGAACGAGUAUCAAAAUCUGGUGUCUGGGGAACGACUCGACUGUGCAGCCAGCGAAAAGGUCGUAGGUGGCAUUGCAGCAGUCAUCCAGGCGAUGCCUGAUACAAAUCAGAAAUACUCGGCAUGUGCAAGACUUCUUGGGUUUAUUCAGGCUGAUGUACAGCGUUCUUUGGAACUGUUACAGUCGCCGCCUGACAAUCCCCUCCCCUGUUUUGGCCCUCCCCGAUACUGUGCAUAUGCUGCUCCCGACGAAAAUCCGGCUCUCCAUACCGCAUUGAGAUCUCUCAGAUGUCUUGCCAGCAUUGGCAAAGGUCUCCAAGCUUCAUCUGAGCUUUCGGUCGACCUCGAGGGCGACAAUGUCAGUACUCAAGCUGUGGAUCCUCAGCUUAUACAACUGCAGGAGACUAUCAUGUCUAUUAUUAGCCAGAUUCAAGAGUCAUUCAAUAGCAGCGGAGAAGUUGUAGAGCUAGUGUGUAGUGUCUUACGCAGUGGCUUCUCUGAGUCGGAACCUGGCCCCUUCGUACUGCCACCUCACAGUGUUGCGCAGUAUUUGACAUACCAAGGUCUUCAGACACCAAGAGUUGGUUUACUUGUGAAGACAGCUUGCUCUUUCGUAAGCUCACUCGAGCACGAUGGGUUGGAGAAUCAGCAGGAAAUGCUCAAUUCAGUGGUGCUUUGGGUGAUUGGUUUGCUGAAGCAGCUGCCCAGCCAUGAGGCAGACCCGGAGCUCUCACAGAACGGUAUCGAUUUCGUUACUCGCCUACUGAAUAAACGUCCAAUUACCCUACUUCGCCUGGAGCCAUCCAACGCAGCCGAAUUCUUCUUUCUUUUUACUCUCGAGGUAUUGGAUGGGAAAGAGCCGCUCCCGAAAACAAGCGCAGCAGAGUUUUGGUCUACCUUUGUGAGUAUCAAGUACGAGUCCCAAGAGCUCAACGAUAUUACCCAACAAGCUAUGCAAAUGUUGGGUCCUUUAUUAGCACAGAGCCUUGCCAGGAAUUUGGGCGGCAACGCAUCCAGAAGUGAGCUGGAUAAGUUGAGCGAGCCCCUCAAAAAGCUUGUAGUACGGUAUCCCACGGCUAAGAGCUGGCUCGAGUCGGGGCUUGCACACGAGACCUUUCCUAGUGAUAAGGUAUCAGCCCAGGACAAGGCAGUGUUUGUGAAAAAAGUUAUCAGUCUUCGAGGGGCGAGGGCAACAAAUCAAGUCGUGAGGGACUUUUGGCAGUCAUCGCGAGGCUCCAAUUUUGCUUAUGCGUCAUGA